AUGGUAAACAGAAUGGCAUUCCUUGAAGAUUAUGCACAGCACUUGCAAAAACAUGAGAGUGCAGUAAACCCCGAAUCCUGCUAUUACUACUGUGCUUUGUGCGAUUACUCCACCAAGGUCAAAUUGAACCUGGUACAGCAUGUCCGUUCAGUGAAGCACCAGCAGACUGAAGGCCUACGCAAGCUUCAGUUACACCAGCAAGGCCUGGCAUCAGAGGAAGACAACUUCAGUGACAUAUUUUUUGUCAAAGACUGCCCACCAAAUGAGUUUGAAGAACAAGUUGAAGAUGCAGAAGGGUCUGCUAAAAGCUCAUCAGUGUCUGUUGCUGAUGAUAAAGACACGUGUGAGAAAGAGAGAAAUAAUAGUGAAGGAAAAAAAACUAGUAAGGAUUCUGGAAUAAACACUCCAGAGAAGGAACCAAAAGUAAAUGUUGCAGCAGGAGAACAGCCACUACUUCCAACUAAAGAAGAAGAUGGUGUAUCCAAAAAGCCCAAACUUUCUGAGGAAAAUAAGUUUGGUCAUGAACAGUUUUACCAGUGCCCUUAUUGUAACUACAAUAGCAGGGACCCAAACCGUAUCCAGAUGCACGUCCUGUCGCAGCAUUCUAUGCAGCCUGUUAUCUGCUGUCCCCUCUGCCAAGAUGUCCUGAGCAACAAAAUGCAUCUCCAACUGCAUUUGACCCAUUUGCACAGUGUGUCACCUGACUGUGUGGAGAAACUGCUUAUGACAGUUCCUGUACCAGACAUGAUGAUGCCUAAUAGUAUGCUACUGCCAGCAACUGCUUCAGAGAAAUCUGACUGUGACACUGCUGCAAGUCUGACAGCUGAGGGAUCUGGAAAAUACUCAGGUGAAAGUCCUCCAGAUGAAAAAAAUACUCCUGGGCUUGAAGAAUCAAAAACUGGAAUGGAAAUUAAAACAGAGGAACAGAAGCCACUUAAGGAAUCUACUGAAAUGCCAGAAUGGAAUAAAAACAGCAGCAAGGAUAUAAAGAUCAUUGAAUCACUGCCAGAUCAGCUGAAUGAGCAACAAAAGAGGCAGCAGCUUUCUGUUUCUGAUCGCCAUGUCUAUAAAUAUCGUUGUAACCAUUGUAGCUUGGCUUUUAAGACUAUGCAGAAGCUUCAGAUACAUUCCCAGUAUCACGCUAUUCGGGCUGCUACCAUGUGUAGCCUUUGCCAACGUAGCUUCCGUACAUUCCAGGCUUUAAAAAAACAUUUGGAAGCAGGCCACCCAGAACUCAGUGAAGCUGAAAUUCAGCAGUUGUGUGCGUCUUUACCUGUAAAUGGUGAACUCUGGGCAGAAAGUGAAAGUAUGGCACAAGAUGAACAUGCACUAGAACAGGAUAUAGAAAGAGAAUACGAGAUGGACCAGGAAGGUAAAGCAAGCCCUGUAGGAAGCGAUAGUAGCUCAAUUCCAGAUGAAAUGGGCUCAGAACCAAAGCGGACCUUACCUUUUAGAAAAGGGCCAAAUUUUACUAUGGAAAAAUUUCUAGAUCCUUCUCGCCCAUAUAAAUGUACAGUGUGCAAGGAAUCCUUCACUCAAAAGAACAUUCUUUUGGUACAUUACAAUUCAGUGUCUCAUUUGCAUAAACUCAAAAAGGUGUUGCAGGAAGCAUCCAGUCCUGUUCCUCAAGAAGCUAACAGCAACACUGACAACAAACCCUAUAAAUGCAGCAUUUGUAAUGUUUCCUAUAGCCAAAGUUCUACACUGGAAAUCCAUAUGAGAUCUGUGCUUCAUCAAACAAAGGCAAGGGCUGCAAAAUUAGAGCCAAGCAGUAAUGCAUUGAGUGGAAAUAGUAUAGCAGGGAAUGUUAAUAGCCCCAGCCAAGGGAUAAUAGAUCCUACAAGCUUACCAGCAGUUAACAGCAAGGAAACCCACAUAGAUGCCAAAGAAUUAAAUAAAAAGCAAGCUUCUGAAUUAGUUUCUGCUCAGCCUACGCAUCAUCCUCCCCAGUCACCAGCACAAUUGCAAAUGCAACUCCAGCAUGAAUUGCAACAGCAAGCUGCUUUCUUUCAACCCCAGUUCCUAAACCCAGCAUUUUUGCCUCAUUUUCCUAUGACACCAGAGGCACUGCUGCAAUUUCAACAGCCACAAUUUCUUUUUCCAUUUUAUAUUCCUGGGACAGAGUUCAGUUUGAGUCCUGAUCUGGGUUUGCCUGGAUCUGCUGCAUUUGGUAUGCCUGGUAUGGCAGGGUCACUCCUAGAAGACCUAAAACAGCAGAUGCAAACGCAACACCAUGUUGGCCAGACUCAGCUACAGAUACUACAGCAACAAGCACAACAGUAUCAAGUUACACCACCUCAAAUUCAAUCACAAAAGCCACAGCAACAGCAAACUAGUAAGUUGGUGAAAAUAGAGCAAAAUAGUAUUGGAACUACAGAGUGCCAGAUGAUGAAGGAUACACUGUCAUAUAAGGAAUCAGAAGAGAUAUCUGAGAAACAAGAAAAACCAAAGCAGGAGUUCACAAGUGAGAGUGAGGCCAUGAAAGAAAGCAAAGAAAUAAAGAAACAAAAGACUUCAGAACCAACCAUCCCACCACCUAGAAUUGCUUCUGGGGCAAGAGGAAAUGCAGCCAAGGCUUUGUUGGAAAACUUUGGCUUUGAGUUGGUUAUUCAAUAUAAUGAAAAUAGACAGAAAGUACAGAAAAAAAGCAAAACCAGUGACUGUGAAAAUACAGACAAAUUGGAAUGUGCAGCAUGUAGUAAAUUAUUUUCUAACAUUCUUAUAUUAAAGAGCCAUCAAGAACAUGUUCAUGGUCAGUUCUUUCCAUAUGGUGCACUAGAAAAGUUUGCCUGUCAAUACAGGGAGGCUUAUGACAAGCUUUAUCCUAUCUCGCCUUCUUCUCCAGAACCACCACCUCCUCCACCUCCACCUCCUCCACCUACAACUCCUUCACAACCGUCUUCAUCCAGCUCCGGAAAAAUUCAGAGCAUAACUCCUACACCUCUACAGGCUCCAGCACCUACACCACCACCACCACCUCCUCCGCCGCCACCUCCUCCUCCGCCGCCACCACCUUCUGCACCACCACCAGUGCAGCUGCCCGUUUCCUUAGAUCUUCCACUUUUCCCUCCAAUUAUGAUGCAACCAGUACAACACCCUGCAUUGCCUCCUCAGCUGGCCCUCCAGCUACCACCAAUGGAUGCUUUGUCUGCAGAUCUUACUCAACUUUGCCAGCAACAGCUAGGAUUAGAUCCAAAUUUUCUACGCCAUUCACAGUUCAAGAGGCCACGAACCAGAAUCACAGAUGAUCAGUUAAAAAUCUUGCGUGCAUAUUUUGAUAUUAAUAAUUCACCAAGUGAAGAACAGAUUCAAGAAAUGGCUGAAAAGUCUGGCCUUUCCCAAAAAGUGAUCAAACAUUGGUUUCGAAAUACUCUAUUUAAGGAACGACAACGAAACAAAGAUUCUCCAUACAAUUUUAGCAAUCCUCCAAUAACAGUUCUGGAAGAUAUAAGAAUUGAACCACAGCCAAGUUCUAUAGAACAUUACAAAUCUGACUCAGCUUUCAGCAAGAGAUCAUCUAGAACGAGAUUUACUGACUACCAGCUUAGAGUCUUACAAGAUUUUUUUGACACUAAUGCUUAUCCAAAGGAUGAUGAAAUUGAGCAACUUUCAACAGUACUUAACCUACCUACUCGAGUUAUUGUUGUGUGGUUCCAAAAUGCACGGCAGAAGGCUCGUAAAAGUUAUGAGAAUCAAACUGAAACUAAAGAUAAUGAGAAGAGAGAGCUCACCAAUGAGAGGUACAUUCGGACUAGCAACAUGCAAUAUCAGUGUAAAAAAUGUAGUGUAGUUUUUCCUAGAAUUUUCGAUUUAAUUACACAUCAGAAAAAGCUAUGCUAUAAAGAUGAAGAUGAUGAUGCACAAGAUGAAAGCCAAACAGAAGAUUCAAUGGACGCUACAGAUCAAACACUUUACAAGAAUUGCACACUUUCUGGUCCAUCUGACUCAUCAAAAAGUACUGCUAUAGCAACAGCAAGCUCUGGAUCUGGCUCCAGUACUCCUUUAAUGCCAUCUCCCAAACCUGAACCUGAAAAAACCUCUCCUAAACCUGACUCAACAGAAAAGCCAAAGCAAAAUGAUACCAUACCUAAGCAAGCGGAGACUUCUUCCCAAGGCAGCAAACCAAUGCAGUCUACACCAACAACUUCCUCUGAUCCGCAACCCUCAGCUUCUCAAACACAGCAACAUAAACAAUCCCAAAUAGGGGGUAGGCCACCUUCUGCAUCACAAACUACAUCUGUUCCUUCUGGCCCUUUAACAAUCUCAAUGACUUCUAUUCAGAACAGUCUACCUCCGCAGUUAUUACAGUACCAAUGUGACCAGUGUACAGUCGCCUUUCCCACUCUAGAACUUUGGCAAGAGCACCAGCACAUGCAUUUCUUAGCAGCCCAAAACCAAUUUCUCCAUUCUCAGUUUUUAGAAAGGCCUAUGGAUAUGCCGUAUAUGAUAUUUGAUCCUAACAGCCCUCUGAUGACUGGACAAUUACUGAAUAGUUCUUUAGCUCAGAUGGCACCACAAGUAGGUUCAACUCACCCAGCUCACCACACUGCUUCCGUUCCUAGCUCAAUUAAACGCAAGCUGGAUGAUAAGGAAGACAAUAACUGUAGUGAAAAAGAGGGAGGAAACAGUGGUGAAGACCAGCACCGGGAUAAGCGACUGAGAACUACGAUUACUCCAGAGCAAUUGGAAAUACUGUAUGAAAAAUACCUUCUAGAUUCCAAUCCUACCAGAAAAAUGCUAGAUCAUAUUGCACGUGAAGUAGGUCUUAAAAAGAGGGUUGUACAAGUCUGGUUCCAGAACACAAGAGCUCGAGAAAGAAAAGGACAGUUCCGUGCAGUAGGUCCAGCCCAGUCUCACAAAAGAUGUCCUUUUUGCCGAGCGCUGUUUAAAGCCAAGUCUGCUUUAGAAAGUCAUAUUCGCUCUCGGCACUGGAAUGAAGGAAAACAAGCAGGAUAUAGUUUACCACCAAGUCCUUUGAUAGUCAAUGAAGAUGGAGGAGA